AUGAACAGAAAUAUAAUAACAAAAAAACAGCGUAUGAACACGAUUGGAAGUGGACUUAUUGAAAUAGAAAGAUUUAGAAAAGGUUUAAAAACUUUCAUAAUUAAGAACUGUGAAAAUUAUAUAGAUUACAAAUUAUUUUUUAACUAUAUUUCACAUGGGUUAAUUUUAAAGUUAAAACAAUCGUGUAUUAAAACGUCGAUCAAAUUUAAUUUACACGUUGACGCUACUUACACACGUCCUAUAACACAUGAUAAACAAGAUGUGGCUUUUAAAACUUCGAAUGUUUUAGCAUGUAAUUCAUCCGAUUUCGCUAGUUUGUUAAACACAAAGUUUGAUAAAAUAUUAGCUGAAGAAUCUGAAUUUAUUGCUAAAGGUUCAGGAUGGACACUUGUUUCAAUAGAUGGGUUACAGUUGAGAAUCAAUUUAGUAAAUCCAUUAAAAGGAGGUGCAUAUUUAGAUUUACCUAAAUUUAUACGAGAAAAAAAGGCUAUUAUAAACGUUAAAAAUAAAGAUAAAUACUGUUUUAAAUAUUCUAUACUAACCAAAUAUGAUAAGCGUUCUAAUAAAUCACGAUUUAACCAAAAAUAUUUUGAUUUUCUUGAAAAAAAGAGUGGGUUAGAUUUUAAAUGUAUUGAUUUCCCAACACCAAUAAAUCAAAUUAAAAAAUUUGAACGUUUAAAUAAUGUUUCAGUUAAUGUUUAUAGUUUAAAUAAUAAAGGUACUAUUUUCCCUCUGUUUAUAAAUAAUAAAGAAGAAAAAAAUCAUUUUGAUCUAUUUUUUGUCAAUAAUCAUAAAACAUCGCAUUAUUGUUAUAUUAAAGAUUUUUCAAGAUUUAUUAGAAGUCAGAAAACUAAAAAAUGUUCUAAAUUAAUUAUUUGCAAGAGGUGUUUUACAACUUUUGGAAAUAAACCAUGUAAAAGUAAACUUUGGGGUGAAACAGGAUUAACUGAACAUAAAAAAAUGUAUAGUAAGAAUAAAUUAGGAAGACCGAUAAUUGAUCUUUAUUUGAAAACUGAUGUCACCAUACUAACGGAUGUGUUCGAAAAUUUUAGAGAUUUAUGUUUAUCUACUCUUAGUCUAGAUCCUGCUCAUUAUAUGACUGCUCCAGGAUUUGCUUUCGAUUGUAUGCUUAAUAGACUAAGAGAGGGUAUCUGUAAAUCAGUUAAAAGAUAUGCUAAAGCAAACAUACCAAACAUUAAAGGUUUUGAAACUAUAUCCUAA